AUGGCCACCCCUAAGGUCCAAGUCAAUGCGCCGGACGCAUUCCAAAAGGCCCUGGUCAGAAACAGUGAAUGGGCCUCAAAGACGGGCGAGGAGCAUCCCCUCCUCUUCCCUAAGCUGGCAUCAGGACAGCACCCUGAGAUUCUCUGGAUCGGCUGCGCCGAUUCGCGUUGCCCUGAGACCACCGUCCUCGGCCUCCAGCCCGGGGACGUCUUCGUCCACCGCAACAUCGCCAACGUCAUCCAACACAACGACCUCAGCUGCGCCAGCGUAAUCGACUACGCAGUCAUCUAUCUCAAAGUCAAGCACAUUAUCAUCUGCGGCCACACGUCCUGCGGUGGUGUCGCCGCGGCGCUGUCCAACACGAAGCUAGGUCUCAUCGACACGUGGCUGAUGCCCCUCCGCCGGAUCCGUGAGCAAAACCUUGAUGAGUUCAAACAUCUGGAUGCGGCCGAGGCGGCUGUCAAAUUGGCUGAGAUCAACGUUCAUCAUGGCUUGCGAGUGCUCAAGGAGAACAGUGCCGUCAUGGAUGCGAUUCAAGAGCGCGGGCUCAAGCUCCAUGGGCUUAUCUACGAUGUUGGCAGCGGCAAACUACGAGAACUCGAUACUGACGAGCCACUGGAUUUAAUCAGUAAACGAUUGGCUGCAUUUAGAACGGUUGCUGCCGGCGAUGCAAAAUGA